UCCCAAUAAACACUGCAGGCUAUUGUUCCGAUACCCAGAAGUCCAAGCAUUUUUGACGAGUUGCAUGUACCAGUAAAACUCCCCUUUACCAGACUGUAUCGAGAGACAUUUCUUAAACGUCUUGGCACAACGAGUAUGGUAACGUAUCAGACAAUUUCGGUAUGGGCAGGUCUCCUGACUGUGUACCUGCUCUGCUUUGCUUUCAUUGCUUUCGUUGGAUAUUGUCUUUACGUGAGACGUAUUCACAAGAAAUAUGACCACAUUCCCGGACCUCCAAGAGACAAUUUUUUGCUUGGCCAUGUUCCGACGUUUCUGAGAGAAACGAAUUCGGAGCGUGUCAUACACGACAAGUUCCUCGAAUGGGCUGAAACGUAUGGCCCAGUCUACAGAAUUAACAGCUUUCAUGGUGUGGCACUAGUGGUCAGCUGCCCGGAGGCUACAAAGGAGUUUUUAAUGUCCCCCAAGUAUUCCAAAGAUCCUUUUGUCUACAAACGUCUGUUCAACUUGUUUGGAAGAAGGUUCCUGGGAAAUGGACUUGUGACUGCUAUGAAUCAUGACAUCUGGUACAAGCAGCGCAGAAUCAUGGACCCUGCUUUCAGCAGCUCUUACCUGCGAGGUUUAAUGGGCACCUUCAACGAGAGGGCUGAGCGUCUUAUGGAGAGGCUGGAGGAGAUAGCAGAAGAGCGGAUAACUGCCAACAUGCACCAGUUGGUCAAUUGUGUCACACUGGAUGUUAUUUGCAAGGUGGCUUUUGGGGUUGAUUUGGACUUGCUGAAGAAUUACAACUCCCCCUUCCCAAGUGCCAUAGAACUUUGUUUGCAGGGCAUGGUUCACUAUAUUAGAGAUCCAUUCUUCACACUCUUCCCUAGGAACAAAAAGAAAGUGCAGGAGAUUAAAGAAGCUGUUAAACUUCUACGUACAACUGGAUCCCAGUGGAUAAAUCAGAGGAAAAGCGCUGUGGAAAAUGGCGAUGAUGUCCCCAAAGACAUUCUUACCCAGAUCCUGAAAACGGCUGAGGAACUUGAGGCUAAUAAUGAGGAAGACCAUGAAUUGAUGCUUGACAAUUUUGUGACUUUCUUUAUUGCAGGACAGGAAACAACAGCCAAUCAGCUUUCAUUUGCCAUCAUGGAGCUAGGGAAGCACCCAAAAAUAUUAGAAAGGGCUAAAGAGGAAGUCGAUGAGGUUCUUGGAACAAAACAAGAAAUUCUGUAUGACGAUCUUGGAAAACUGACUUACUUGUCCCAGGUCUUGAAGGAAACACUCCGCCUAUACCCCACUGCACCUGGCACGUCUCGCUGGCUCCAUGAGGACACUGUCAUCAGUGGAGUUAAAGUCCCAGCAGGAUGUGCACUUAUUUUCAGUUCUUAUGUCUCAUCAAGAAUGGAAAAAUCCUUCAAAGAUCCACUGAAGUUUGAUCCAGACAGAUUUGACCCAAAUGCUGCUAAACCAUAUUUCUGCUACUACCCAUUUGCCCUUGGUCCACGGUCCUGUCUUGGGCAGACUUUUUCACAAAUGGAGGCUAAAGUUGUGCUUGCAAAAAUUCUUCAGAGGUUUGAGUUCAGUCUUGUGCCUGGACAGUCUUUCAAUAUAAAGGAUACAGGCACUCUUCGCCCUGAGAGUGGAGUGCUGUGCAAGAUCAAAUAUUGUUCUCAGGGCAAGAAUUAAGUAUUUGGCUUACUGGAGAUAAAUAAUAUGCUAUCCUUACCAGUUUGAGCACCAUGCAAUAAUAUUUGCCUAUUUACUAUUAACCGAGGGAAUGUUUUCUGAAUGUGUGCCUUCGAAGCACUAUUCAUUGGAUCUAUAAUAUUCAUAGGAGCUAUAAGUAUAACCAUAAGAUGGCAGUGUAACCAUUUUUUACUGCCAUCUGCCUCAUUGAUCUAGUAUUGUAUUGCAUUGGUAAGUGGCUUUUUGCCCAAGUCUCUGGGAUUUUGCUUCUGUAUGGCUUUCAGUGAAUAAAACAUACAAAAAGUGACUUUCCUUUA